AUGGAACACCCAGCGUUCGUUGAUGCAGGGGCGGAAGCUGGCUUGGAAAUAUGGACGAUUGACAAAUUUGAGCCCGUUCCAAUAGACCGAAACAAGUAUGGAAAAUUUUACAACGGCGAUUCGUAUAUUGUUUUAAAGACAACCGGCGACAACAAUUCCACGCUCUACUAUGACGUUCACUUCUGGCUUGGCAGCAAGACCACCCAGGAUAAGAAAGGUUCAGCCGCUAUAUGGACGGUGACGUUGGAUGACCAGCUUGGCGGGAAGGCAGUGCACCACAGGGAGGUGCAAGGGCACGAGUCCAGUUCGUUUGUGGGGUAUUUUCAGCCUGCAAUCAGAUAUUUGGAAGGUGGCAAUGAAUCUGGCUUCAACGAAGUGGAAACGAAUGCUGGAGCUGAGAAACGCUUGCUGAAGCUGUCUGGAUGCGACAACAUGAGGAUUGAAGAGGUGCCAGCAGAAGCAUCGUCUCUCACCACGGACCACUGCUUCAUCCUUGAAGUGGAACAUGACAUAUUUGUUCUAAUGCCGGAUGGCGCCAAGGCCACUCAGAGACGAAAGAUCAUCAGUGUUGCCAACAAUUUGAGGGAUCAAGAACACAAUGGCAGAGCCACAAUAGAAAUUAUCGACGAGUUCUCAUCAGACGAUGACUUCGCGAUGUUCUUCGAAGCGCUCGGUUCUGGUUCCAAGGACGAGCUGAUGGAAGGAGAGGAAUCUAUUGUGCCGUUCUCCAGAGAAAGUAUGACAACGGUUUACUUCUACAAGGUGCUCUAUGAUGAUGAAGUGGAAUUAGAUGCUCUUAGCAAACCCUUCAAGCAGAAUCAACUGGAGUCUGAUGGCAUCUACAUAUUAGACACACCUUGCUCUGGAGUUUACAUUUGGAUCGGAAAAGAUGUGGAUGCUGACGUUAAGAAGAAUUACAAUGACAUUGUACAGAAAUAUCUGGAUGUGAAAAAUUAUCCUGCUUGGGUGAACGUAACUCGCGUGUCAGAAGGAAGCGAGAACAGCAACUUUAAACAAUACUUCCACAACUGGCAGACCGUCGCAGCGUCUUCCUCCGUGAGGGCAAUUAUUAGCGAAUUUGACGCCGGCUACUUCUCCAGCGACGCUGACGAAUCGGCAAAUGCUGCGAAAUACAUCGGCAAAAGCGCCGCAGCGAGAGGUUAUAUGCCAGACGAUGGUAGUGGAGAAAUUACUGUGUAUAGAAUUACUGAAGAGCCCGAGGAUAUAACGGAGAUGAUAUCAGAAAAACCAAUUCUAUAUCAGAACGAUGUAUACGUCGUUCAAUAUAAAUACGCUGCGAAUGGUGAAGACGCUUAUAUCGUGUAUACUUGGGUUGGAGAGAAAGCAGCAGCAGAGACCAAGUCAGCUGGUAGAGAGUUUUGUAAUAAGUUGGAAGAAGAGUUAGAGGGAGAUGUGAAUAUUGUGAAGGUGCCGCAAGGGAAAGAGACAAAACACUUCUUGAAACUGUUUAAAGGAAAGUUGGGUAUCCUUUACGGUGGAAUGGACAACGAUUACAGUCCUGACAACUUCAACCAUUCUUAUCAAGAUGAUGGCAUACGACUGUUCAGAGUGGAAGGAAUAGAGUUAGAAGAGGAUAUGAGAAUCGUGCAAGUGCCAGAGACAGCAGACUCUCUGGAAGAUGAUGACGUGUUUAUUCUGGAAACACCGGAAGUUGUCUAUGUUUGGAAUGGGAAGGAGUCAAACGACAAGGAACAAAAUGCAGCGUUAGAUUUCACGAAAACGGUUGUUGGUGAUGAAAGAGAGGUGAUGGCCGUACCCCAGGGUGAAGAGACGGACGAAUUCUGGGCGGCUUUGGGCGGUGCACCAGCCGCAGAAGGCAGGUCGGGCUGGCAACUCACGCUCAACCGGCGCGUGACGACGCCGGUCACACUGACAGCUGUCAACGUCACUAUUGGCGGGAAAGUGAAGUUCGAAGAGUUGCCGCCGGAUUUCACGCAAAAUGAUCUCUCAGAUGACAGUGUUUACAUACUUGAUGGAGGGGAGGAACUCUACUUCUGGAAGGGAACCAACACUCCGGAAAGGGUUAAGGCUGCUAAGGAUAAAAUUAUUGAGGAAUACAUUGAGGACGAUGGCCUCGACCGUACAGUUGACACGGCCAUAGUUGUGUCGGUAAAACAGGGCAAGGAGCCGGCUAACUUCAAAAAGCUUUUCAGUGAAUGGGACGAUGACAUGUGGGAUAAUCAAACGUCGUACGAGGAUUUGAAAAAUGAAACUAAAGCUGGCAACACAAAAGAUUAAAUGAAAUGUCAGGCUUAUACAAUUAUUAAAAAAAAAUUAAUCAAUA